AUGACAGGCAAGCAGAACAAUCAAGAUCCAGAAUCUGUGUUUGUGAUUCUAAACAUUUCUGAGUCAAAUGUUAUUAUCUCAACUCAAGUCAGAGAUCUGAAGGAUGGAAGGAGAAUGAGCAAUGAUGAGAUUCAACAACAAGAGUUGUGGGAUAUGAAACUGGGGGAUCUACCUCGAUGGCAAAACAUUCAGAUUGCGAAGGAUUAG